AUGCCGGCGAACCGACGCCAGCAGACCGCACAAUCUCCAGCAUCUCCCACCUGCAAAGCCACUGCGAAGUAUACUAACAAGGAUGGUUCGAAGUUCAUAACUGUCCCCAAAUCGUACAACACCAGCGACUCAUCUGAGACAUCCCCAACCAUGGCUCAGACGACCACGAAGCCAAACGGCCAAAUGCCCGCACCUCCUACAGAUGCCAGCAAUGCUGCACCCACGGUCAACAGAAAGAAGCAGAAGCGGAGGCAGAAACAGGCCGCUAAACUUGCUGCUGAGCAACCUGCAAUGACCAGUGCAAACGGUGCGCAAACGGCUGGCGACGUUAAGAGACAGAUCCAAGAACUAGAGGCACGUUUCCGAGAGCACGGCUUGGAUGAACAAUUCGAGGGAAAUGGUCAUGGCCAGUUUGACCCUGCCGAAGGCGACCAGUACUACAGUGAUGAGGGUGACGAGUAUUCUGGCUCUUAUGGUCAUGAGGGUUCCUCCGCAAACGGUUAUGCGAUGCCUCCAUCUAAUCCCUCAGAUAAAAAGUCCAAGAGGAAAAAGAAGCCAAAGGGGCACUUAUCCGGAAAUUCAAACCAUCCCCAUCCUCCGCACGCAACGAAUGGAUUAUCACAUGAUCACGUACCCCUGCCACUCCCCCCUCUUGGAGCCACGAACAUGCCCCGAGGCCCAGGAAUUUCGAAGGAGAAGAUCUGGAAUACUUCUUCACAGGAAGAGCGCGAGCGAAUAAAGGAAUUCUGGUUAUCCCUCGGCGAAGAUGAGCGCAAGUCACUUGUCAAGGUCGAAAAGGAUGCUGUAUUAAAGAAGAUGAAGGAGCAACAGAAGCACUCGUGUAGCUGUACGGUCUGUGGACGUAAACGCACUGCCAUCGAAGAAGAACUUGAAGUUCUCUACGAUGCAUAUUAUGAAGAGCUAGAGCAGUAUGCAAAUCAUCAAGGGGAUGGCGGUCCUCCACCAAUGAUGCCCCCGCCCCGUCGAUUUGGUGCCAUGAGUGGCCUGCAACCACCCCAUCGCCUGCCACCAGCAUUUAAUGGACAGCAACCAUCUAGGGGUAGGAUAGUAGAGCAGCUUGGCGACGACGAAGAUGAGGAAGGCGAUGAAGAGUAUAGCGAAGACGAGGGAGACGAAGAUGACUAUAGCGAUGAAGAGCCCGAAGAGAUUCCUCGGAGCAAUCAUGCUGCAGACUUCUUCAGUUUUGGGAAUAGUCUAACGGUCCAAGGUGGUAUACUUACAGUAGCGGACGACCUCCUCAAGAACGAUGGUAAAAAGUUUAUCGAGAUGAUGGAGCAGCUUGCUGAGCGUCGAAUGGCACGAGAAGAAGACGCCAGGGAGCAGCAAUACUCAAAUCCAAACUACGGACAUCCUCCAAAUGGUGCUAUGCAUUCUCACUCACACGCCCAUAAUCACCCACCCUUGCCAGAUGACGAGGAGUAUGAUGAGGAAGAUGAGGAGGAGGAUGAGUAUGAUAGUCAGGAUGAGGACUAUGAUGAAGAGGAGAUGGACACCAUGACGGAGGAGCAGCGGAUGGAGGAAGGACGCAGGAUGUUCCAGAUAUUCGCUGCCAGAAUGUUCGAGCAACGAGUAUUGACUGCCUACAAAGAAAAGGUUGCCAAGGAACGUCAACAAAAACUACUCGAAGAACUUGAAGAGGAAAGUCGGGCAGAUUCAGAAAAGAAAGCGAAGAAGGCCAAAGAUGCCCAAAAGAAGAAAGACAGAUUAGCUCAAAAGAAGCAAGCCCUUGGCCAGGAGAAAGCAAGGCGGGAGGCCGAGAAGGCUGCUGAGGAAGCCGCUCGCCUUGCGGCCGAGGAGAAAAAGGCCGAAGAACAACGGUUGAAAGCCGAGGAGAAACGCAAGAAGAAGGAAGCCCAAAAGAAGGCCGAAGAAGAGGAGCGGCUAAAGAAGGAGGCCGAAAAGCAGCGGCGAAUACAGGAGCAACGAGAGCGGCAGGCCGAGCUUGAACGCAAGCAGAGAGAAGCCAAAGAAAAGGAGCGAAAAGACAAAGAGGAAUUGAGGCGGAAGGAAAGAGAGGCCAAGGACGCGAAGGAGCGGGAAGCUAAGGAGCGAAAGGAGAAGCUAGAGAAAGAGAAGCUGGAAAAGGAGGCAAAGGCGAAAGCUGAGAAGGACGCCAGGGAGAAACAAAAGCGGGAGGAGUUGGCAGCCCAACAAGCCGCCGUUCAAGCAUCUCAAGCUGCCACACAGAUCUUGAAGCGACCGCAACCUCCCGUACCUAUUCCUGCGAAUCUCCAACCCACUACUACAUCUAUUGCUUCUCCGCAUAUCCCAGUUGCGACCCCCGCUAUCCCAAAGGCACCAACUCCUAUUAAACUGCGGACAUCUUCUCAGCAAGAAUCAAGUGGAUCCAUCCCCCAGACACCGCAGAGUAGCGGUUUAAGCCAGAAUGUUUCCCCUGCUCCAUCGGCUUCUCAACAAGGCAGCCCGGGUCCCAUUGGCCCUCCCGGAAAGAACCAGACCCAGCAUCCCUUUCUACAUCACCCGCAGGCCACCUCUCCAAUACAUGCAGCGCUCAAGAGUCCUCCUGGGAUGCAACCACCGCCGUUCGGGAAUAUGCAGCCCAUGGGUAUGGGUUUCCAACCUGGUAUGCCUAUGAUGGCGCCAGGUUUUGGUGGCCGUAUGCCCCACGAGCCCAUAUAUCCACAUCAACAACCCAUGGGUGCACCAUUCAGACCUCUUGCUGGCCCGAAUGGUAUGCCGCUGCAUCCAGGACUAAAUAUGCAUCAGAUUCCACAAGGAAGAGGCUUUCCUCUACCCCAUGCACCACCAGGCUUCCCCCAGGUGCCAAAUGGUCUAGGUGGCAUUGGCCAGCCGUUUGCCCAGAAAGAUGGUCCCUCCCCCCAAACACAUUCACGGCAACAGUCAGCUUCCUAUGAAAAGCCUUUCGAACCGUCGACGUCAGUCCCACAGGCUCAGCCUAUUGCAAGGCCAGCUCCAAUUGGUCGCCCAUCCAGUGUUGUACAUGGCCAUCGUCAAGGUGGCGGAAACAGUGAUGUCGAUGAUCUGAGCAAUCACCUUGGCAGCAGCGCUUUACUUGAUGACUCCGAUGAGCCACUUAAUCCUGGAGGCAAUGGGCGACGCUCAAGCGCCGUGCAUAAUAUCAAUACCCGUCCAAACUUUGCACCACCCUUUGGAAUGGAACCUCCGGCAUUCGCGAGUCCGAUGAGCUCAUAUAAUACAUGGGGUGGGCCUCCAAAUCCAUUUGGACCUUCAUCUCUUCCAAGCUCAAAUUUGGGGGGGGGCUGGGGAUCAGCCAACUCCUCGUUUGGGGCAGUUGGAGGUGCUCCGCUUAGCCGUCCUUUGCAGCCACGCUCCGUAGCUAUCCGAUUAAUGAUAUGCCGCGCUUGCAAGAGUAUGGAAGGGUCCACACCUGACCGCUACAGCGAUAUCAAUCGUAUCAAGGAACAUAUCGAUCAUUUCAACCCUCCGAACGAGCCAGUUUCGGAGAAGGAGAUCCUUGAUAUAUGUGAGACUGAGGGUAGCCCGAUGAACGGCGGCGGCUCAUUCGAUAUCCGCCAGGAAGGUAAUGGCUACUUCAUCCGCUACGAGGAUGCAACGCCGAUUCAUCGUCCAAUCGGCGCUCCUGGUGAGAUCGGCAGUCCAAUUGUAGGUGGUGGUGGAAUUCGAUUUUCCGGACCUCCUCCCGGCUUCUAA